AUGGCUGCUCACGAAGGAGAGCGGCGUGAGUCCGAGAAGGCCAAUCACCGGACGGAGGAAGAUGGCUCGUCGAACCUUGGAUCCGAAAUAUCGAGAGAUGUCGAGCAAGGAGAUGCUCUCCCGCCGAACGAGGAGAAAAUCACGCCCCGAGCCUCGCUGGAGUUGACGCGGACGGUGAGCACGGCGCUGUCGAGAGUUACGACGCGCAUGACCAACCGGCAUAUUGUUGAUCCUGGGCCUCCGCCUGGUACGGAGCUGACGAUUUGCAAAGACGGCGGUGUCAAAGCAUGGACGCAGGUGGCGAUGGGAUGGAUCGUUAUCGUGACUACUUGGGGCUACCUCAACUCCUUCGGCGUGUUCCAGACCUACUACACGUCCGAACUCGCCAUCGACCAAUCCACCGUCUCCUGGAUCGGCUCCAUCCAACUCUGGCUCAUCUUCAUCAUCUCCACUUUCUCCGGCCGCGCCCUGGAUGCAGGCCUGUUCAUACCCACCUUCAUCCUCGGGUCGUUUUUUCAGGUUCUCGGGAUCUUUAUGAACUCGCUCUGUAAGGAGUUUUGGCAGAUCCUUUUGGCUCAAGGCCUGUGCACUGGUAUUGGCAGUGGGAUAUUGUUCACUCCGUCCUUGGGACUGAUCACGACGUAUUUUAGCAAGAAGCGAGGGCUGGCUGUUGCGAUUGUGACGACGGGGAACUCGCUUGGAGGCGCUAUAUACCCGGUUAUUGUACGCCAGCUGCUGCCGAAGAUUGGCUUUGCUUGGACUGUACGGGUUAUUGGGUUCAUGAAUCUAGCUUGCCUUUGCAUUGGAUUGGCUUUCAUGAGACCGCGUCUACCACCUCGCAAGACGGGACCGUUGGUGGAAUGGAGAGCAUUCACAGAGGUACCGUACGCCCUCGCAGUCGUGGGCAUGACGCUUGUUUUCGGCGGCCUCUUCUUCGUCUACUACUACAUCACUUCCUACGCCUUCGACAUCCUGGGCAUGUCCUACGCCUCCUCAGCCAACAUCCUCAUCCUCUUCAACGCCAUCGGCAUCCCCGCCCGCCUCUUCACAGGCAUCAUCGCCGACCGCCUCACCGGCCCCCUCAACGCCAUCAUCCUCCUCAUCGCCAUCAACGCCCUCUGCGCCUUCACCUGGCUCGCCGUGCGCUCGGUGGCAGGCAUGUACGUUGAGACGGCCAUCUACGGCAUCGCGGCCGGAGCCUUUCAAUGUCUUUUCCCGACGACGAUCACGAGUCUGCACGACGAUGUGUCGAAGAAUGGGAUCCGAAUGGGGAUGGCUUUUAGUGUGUUUUCGUUUGCUGGACUGCUAGGGCCGCCUGUUGGCGGCCAGUUGUUGGAGACGAAUGGUGGGGGAAGAGGGGGGUAUGUGAGUGCGUUGGUUGGGGUGGGGGUGGCGACGGCGGUGGGGACGGGGCUGUUGUGUGUGGCGAGGGUGAAGAAAGUUGGUUGGGGGUUGGGGACGAAGUGCUGA